AUGAUUGAACCAGUCACUCUCUUUUCCGUUAUUGCGGGUGUUACAAAUCUUGCGACCCGAUUAACGAUUGACCUCACUCGUCUGACGGUGACGCUGAAAAAUGUACCGGAUCAGAUAACCCAGGUUUGCAAUGAGAUGGUAUCGUUGAACGCUACGCUUAGUACCCUACAACAACGUUUUAAUCCUACAGCAUCUGGCUAUACGCAAGAGCAAUUGGUUUGCCUCGAAACCGUAAUAACGUCCACGAGAGAAACACUCAUCCAACUGUCGAAAUUGAGCGAGGCUUGUGAAACCACAGGCAAGAGAAAACCAGGAGUUACGGGAAUUUGGAAGAAGAUGAGCUGGACCCUAAACGAGUCCGAAAUUACAAGUUAUCGAAGCGGAUUAGUUGGUUACACGGCUAUGCUCAAUUUGUUGACGGCAACAUUAGCAGAUCAACGAGGAGCAAAUAUUGAAGCAAUGGUCACAAAGACAAACGAAAUGCUACAAACCCUUGUAGAGCGUCGAAAUAGGCUUUCAAUGGCGCCCGCAGAAACAUCAGAAACUAUGAAUUCAAGAUACUCACAAAGACCCAAAGUUCCACCGAAGUUGCCACUAAAGGGGAGGAAAAGAUCAAGUUCUACAGCAAGUCAAGUUGCCGAGCCUCGUGGCCGCAGGAAUGCAGAACCUUCACAGUCGAGGAGCCGCUCCGUAGCGGCAUCAGAAUCUCGGGGAGGUUCAUCGACAGCAGAUCCACGGGACUCUAGAGGAGGAUCAAAUCCCUAUCAGUCCAAUUCGCGGGAUAACUGGAGAGUUAGAUCCGCUUCAACUUCUCGUUUGCCGUUGCCCAGUUCUUCUCCACCCCCUCUUCCCGAAGCCGCAGGCUAUUUACAUAUCGAUGUACCCAAUGGGCGUUCUGCUGGAUUUGGUUAUGGCUUGCCUUCGCCCCCUCCAGAAUAUACCGAGCUUGCGCCCGGAAUGCUAGAUGAUAGCCCCAUAGAACGCCGUUCGCAGCAACAACUUGUACGCAUAGCGCGGUCCCCGGCGCCAGUCUCCUCUCGUACAACAAGCACUACGAGAUCGUCGAGUUCUCGACCCACAUACCGGAGAGCCUUCUCUUCAACCUCUACAAGAACUAUGGAUACAGACUCAACUGCUACUCCGGCAGUUAGAACUGUAUCUCGAGGACCUGGAGUUCCGCCUACACCCGUUCUUCCGGCUAAGGAAAAACUCGAUGGUCAUAAGUUAGAAUUUGCUGGAAAAUGGACUGUAAAAGAGAUUCGAAUCAAUGAAUCCUUCAUGGGGUCCGGAAUUCUCUUCCUCAAAAAAGACGCACCUAAUAAACGCGUUCUCGUCAAUUUGAGACUAGAUAGCAGCAGAGAAACCCGGCUUUCGUAUCGCUGGAUAGAAACUUCUUCAGCCACGCGGACAAAACCAUCCUCAAUGUUUACUGGUCCUUCAUACGUUUUGCGAAGCCUUGUCCGGGCAGACGACUACUCCGGAGCAACAAACGGAAAGACAUCUAUAAAGCUAGAAGAUAUUGAUUAUCUUGCUGGCCAACGGUCUUUAAUGAUCGCUAUAAAUCUCAUUCAACAGUCGCCGCCUGACUGGUUGCUUGAUACAAAGCCACAGGAGAUUCCGGUGAUAUAUGCUCACCCGAUCCAUGCACCUGCUCCAAUUAGCCCACCGACGAGCAGCGUUCGAAACUUCUUCAGAUCAAUCCGUUCGCCUACCGAAUCAAAUUAUUCCGAGCAAUAUUCUCCCACCGAGAACUCCUACCGUGGCUCAUCACAUAACUUUUCAAGACCGAACCCGCAAAACCAGCAUGGAUUAUACACCAGUGUGAUGGCGCCUCCUACGCCCCCAGAUUCUCCUUCCGAAACUGCUAUGGGAAGCCGAAGCCGUCGUCCUAGUUUCAGUAGCGGGAGUGUUGCAACCGCAGAUAGUAGAAUGGCACGGGCCAGCUACGAGAGCCCUCACUAUGUCUCUACCAGAAAUAACCCUGGACAAGAUUUUAGAACGAGAGCUAUGAAUGCAACAGAAUGCUCGAAUCCUGCUGCUAGAUGCGACAUUCCUAACGAAUCUUCUUCUGCGCAAAAGAGAGGAAGACAACGGACUCGACGAGGACCAGGUUCUUGGUUUUCGUUUGGAAGAGGUUAA